AUGUCUUCUCCAUCUCAGCAGGACUCGCAGAAACGAGACGAAUCUCAGGCUCCUCAGUCUCCUGGCCAAGGCCAGAACCAGCAGGAGCAGGGCAACGACAGCAACCCUUUCAACCAGAACCAGAACGAGGGCCAGCAAGAGGAGCAGAACCAGAACCAGGGCCAGGGACAAGAGGCUCAACAGCAACAGCCAGGUCAAGAGUCUGAGUCCAAGCCCGAAGAUGCUAAGGACGAGUCUAAGCCCGACACCGAGAAUGCAAAGGCUGAGACGCCUGGCGAUAAGGAGGAUAAGCCUGAGCAACCUGGUCAGGCCAGGCCCGAAGAGCCCAAGGCUGAAGAGUCAAAGCCCGAUGAGUCCAAGCCAGAGGAAUCUAAGCUCGAGGACUCAAAGCCUGAAGAGGCCAAGGCAGACGACAAGAAGCCCGAGGAAGUAAAGAAAGAGGAGGACGAAGCCGAAUCUAAGCCAGAGCAAGCAAAGUCCGAGACCCAAAAGACCGCCCAGGAGGCCAAGCCCAAGCAGAAGCGCCAGCCCGUCAAGGAAGAAAGCGAGGACGAGGACGACUCUGAAGACGACGACGAUGACUUUGACUCUGAAGAUGAUUCCGAAGAAGACUCCGAGGAAGAUUCCGAAGACGACGAGUCUGAGUCUGAGUCCGAAGAGGAGAACGAGCCCGCUACACCUCCCCAACAGGCUGAGCCAGGCCGCAAGGGCGGAAGACGUGGAAACGCAAAGGCCGCCGAUGUAAGACGUCGACGCCCCGCAUGGCUCGACGAAGAAUCUGACGAUGAGGGCCGCAAACAGUUUUCGAGGCAAGACCAGCAAUUGCAGCAGCAGCGUCAACAGCAGCAAAUGCAACAGCAGCAGCAACAACAACAGCAACAGCAACAGAUGCAACAGCAGCAGGGAGGCGGCGGUAAGAGCGACGCCCUCAGUCUGCAUCUCGAGCUUAACCUCGAGAUCGAAAUCGAGCUCAAGGCUAGAAUCCACGGUGAUCUCACACUGGCACUACUGUAA